AUGGGCGGUAGAGGGCGCGCAGCCGAACGCUGGAUACUCUACCCCAGCAUACAAACGCGCAAAGAGUUGGACAUAGCGUUGAUUAAACUCAAACACCCGCUUGACUUACGUCCAGUCCUGCCGCCGGGCAGUAGUGGACAACCCCAGCGACCAAACCUCGCCAGCGCGUGCCUACCCGGCCCGGGCGUGGAUGAUAUCAAUUACGGCGCGUACGCUCUGAUCGCCGGUUACGGCCGUACGGGUGCGCAGCCCCUGGUGUACGCGCGGCUACGGAUUGGAUGGAUGCGAGUGUCGGACCGACCCAAUAACGGUCACUGUCAUAUGAUACGCGCCGGUCGGCCCCAUCACACUCUACCAGCUAAUUGUCACGGCGAUUCUGGUGGUCCGUUGAUACAGUACACCCGUAGCGGUCGGGCCGUACUUAUUGGGGUUAUCGAAGUAUUGUCAACCAAUGGUGUGGUCCAUAGUUCGGGUGAUUUAGUGAUCGGUAAUUACCCGAACAUAACGGGCGGUGAGUGUGGUAUCGGAGGUCCGAUUAGACCGACGACUGACCAGUGCUUUACGUAUCAUAAAAGCAAUGAUAUAUUGAGUAAUAUAAUGAACGGUAGGGAAGCAGUGAAGGGAGAGUUACCGUGGAUUGCAUACCUUGUAAUUAACGGUGUCGAUCAAACGGGCACCCGGGUUAGCAAUACCACUGAAGUAAUCGUUCACGUGGGCGAAAUUGACGAGGAACAAUUAAGCACUAGUGGGUGGGCGGCGGAGCGCUGGAUAAAUUACCCUAGCAAAAACCUUGUCCAUCAAUUGGACAUAGCGUUGAUUAAACUCCAACACCCGCUUGACUUGAGUCCAGUCGCGACCAGAAGUAGUGGAGAACCCGUGCGGCCAAACGUGGCCGCCGCGUGUCUACCCGGCCUAGACAUGGAUGACAUCAAUUACGGCGCGUACGCCCUGAUUGCCGGUUACGGUAUGACGGGUCCGGUGCAACAAAUGUGGGAUCGGCUACAUAUCGGUUGGAUGCGAGUGCGGGUCCGCCAAUAUAACAGCCAUUGCCAUGUGAUAUACACGGCCCGACCCAAUCACACUCUACCCACUGUUUGCCACGGUGAUUCUGGUGGUCCGCUCGUACAGUAUACCCGUAGCGGUCGCGCUGUACUGAUUGGGGUUACGCAGAGUUUUUUAGGAGUUGUUUGCGAAACGACUACAGAAGGCGUGUUUAUAAGGGUUUCGUCGUUUAUGUGGUGGAUUCAAAACACCAUCAUGGCCAAUGAUCGUAGCCAACCACCCACAUGCUUUAGCAACAUUCAACCAUUAUAAUUUAUUUUAUUCACAGCCAAAAUUAAAGCAGAU